AUGCAGUUGCGCGCCUAUACCGGCGCCUUGGUUGCCGCGGCCGUCGCAUCAGGCGCCUUCUACGCCGUCUGGGGGACAACGCCCGCUGCCAGUCCGACCUCAGCCGUGCAAAACGCCCGCACCUACAAUACGCUCUCGGACAAGGCGGAUCCGACGCGUCGAGCUCUUGUCGUGGAUCACGGCUCUCUGUACACCGGCACCAUUGUUGGAGACGCCCCGCUGGCCAAGGAGACGGACGACUACGGUAGAAAGGUGCUGGAGAUGCUGACUCCGGAGCAAGCGACUCAGAAGCUGAGGAAGAACGAAGAAUCCUGGCUCGUGGGAAGAGGCAAUGGCGUCGUUCGCUAUGAUGUCGUUCAGAUACCCAGCAAUGAUCCCAUCGAGGAUGACCAUGCCGAGAAAAUCAUUGAGGUUCCGGCCAACCUGACUGCUACCGACAAAGAGGCAACUCCCAGUGACUGGAUGUUCUGGGGUGUCUUUGACGGCCACAGCGGUUGGGUUACAUCCGCGAAGCUGCGCCAGGCACUUAUUUCUUUUGUUGUUCGUGAACUUAAUUCAACCUACAAAACCGCCCUGGAGGAUCCAUCUACCCGCUUUCCUUCUCCUGAUUCCAUCGAUAAGGCUAUCAAGACCGGGUUUCUGCGUCUGGAUCAUGAGAUAGUCCACGAAUCGGUAGCCAAAGUGAAGAAAGCCCAGUCAAAACUCGCAGCAGCAGAGCUCCUCGCGCCUGCCCUCUCCGGAUCAUGUGCUCUCCUUUCAUUCUACGACAGCAGAUCGAAGUUACUCAGAGUAGCUUGCACGGGGGAUUCGCGUGCAGUGCUGGGACGCCGCGGGCCGAAUGGGAAAUGGAUAGCCACCCCGCUUUCCACGGAUCAGACCGGAUCCACGCCGAGUGAGGCUGAACGUUUAAUUAAAGAGCACCCUGGAGAGCCCAAUGUUGUUCGGAACGGUCGCAUUCUCGGAGGAUUGGAGCCGAGUCGCGCAUUUGGUGACGCAUAUUACAAGUGGACAGCCCAGACAAAUGAGGAGUUGAAGAGAUCAUACUUCUCGCGGAGUGCAUCGUCACUCCUCAAGACCCCGCCUUAUGUCACUGCAGAGCCGGUCAUAACCACCACCAAAGUUGAGCCUGAAAAGGGAGAUUUUGUCGUCAUGGCUACUGACGGGCUCUGGGAAAUGCUAACGAAUGAGGAGGUCGUGGGACUCGUUGGUCAAUGGUUGGACGUCCAAGCAAGCUCCAAUGCGCAAAGUUCUCAACGGCAGUCGUGGCUUCAGGGAUGGUUCUCCUCGUCCAAGUCUUUACCUGUGGAAAAAGUGGCCGAUUCUGAUGGGAUCGGACAGCGUGCGCCCAUCCGUCAGCGGCAAUGGGGCAUCAAUUCCCCGCUCGACGAGCGCUUCGUGGUGGAGGAUAAGAAUGCUGCUACCCACCUUGUCAGAAACGCAUUGGGCGGAAAGGACCAGGACCAGGUCGCAGCACUUUUGACCCUGCCGAGCCCAUUCUCGCGGCGUUAUAGGGAUGAUCUCACCGUUGAGGUGAUUUUCUUCGGAGAGGGCCCUGACAACGGUAACGUUACCCUGAACAAGGAGGCCAGUGCUCCCGAUCCUGAAGUCAAAGCAAAACUUUGA